AUGAAAAACCAGAUAAAAUCUCUGUGGCACGAGAGAAGAAUUAGGUCUAAGACCAAAUUCAAGGGGGUACAUGAAAUCUGGUCCUAUUUGGAAAGUGAGCCAAGUCAAGAUAAUUUUCUCUAUCUUCAAGGGAGUGGCUACAUUGAUUUUCUGUUUGAUCGAAUCAAUCGAGACUCACCAAAGGAAUACAUUAAAUCCAUCGCACUCAUAAUUAACAACUGUCCAAAGUAUAUUCAAUAUGAAUUUUAUACACACAAGUCCCAGAUAAAUAAAAAGCAAUUUCGUAUAUUAAUAUACUGUCUGCUAAGGAUAAUAGUGUCUGGUGAAGACAACCCGGAACUUUUAGUCUUCUUACGGAACUUAGUAUCAUUUUUACCCAGCUCACCAGGACUAUGGGAUUCAAUCUCUGAUAUAUUUUCUGUUUCUCUCUUAGAUCCAGCAUCUGGAUGUUUGAUUAUGAAAAGCGAUAAGGAAGUUUCCACACUUUUGAAGAAAUCAUUAGAGUCUUACAACAAGCUGGCAUCAGAGCAGAAAGAACUUGCAUUCAUUGCGAAAACUUGGUUUUCAAAACUAAUCAAAACUUUUAUGAAAGGUGAUAUGACUGCAUCAACCCCAUUUUUUCUAUUGCUCAUAGAAAUAUUGUCUUAUUUUCCUACAAGAAGAUUUACAGCUAUAUUUUUAAAGCGAACUUGGUUUCUUCCUCUGGUACAGGAGCAUAUAGAGGGAAGUCUGCUAAAUGUGCUACAAUAUUUGAUAUAUUAUCCCACAGAUGAAAGCCAGAGUAAUUGCUUAACGUAUGAACAGUCUGACAAAAUCAUUUCUGAUAGACUCAUGCAUUUCAUCUCUACAGCAUUCAAUGCGUACAACUAUACGAAAUUUGUUAAAUGUACAGAUUUAUUGACAUUAACAAAAAAUUCAAGGAAGUUCGCUCAGUGCUUCGGAAAAAAUCCUACAAAGGAGCCACUUAUAAACUUUUGUAAGGACAUGGACAUCUCUCUAAUGGACAUUGGCUCGCUAUCAACUGAUCAAUUAAUCACAUGCCUUUGGUACACAAUUGCUGAUUUUAGGACGAUUGAUACAAAAAUCGUUCCAGAAAUUAAUUUAAAUAGAAGUACAAAUGAGGAUAUUUAUUUCUUUUCUUUGUUUUUGGAGGCUAAUGAUAUUAUGAUGCGAAUGGUUCUGGAGUUACGAUCACGUUUACAAAUUUCUGCCAAAGCUCACAUUAAUAACGUGCUCGACAGAUUAAAUAUAAAGUACCAAGAUAAUGCAGACAGUGUCAAGAUUUCAGGUUUUAGCAAAUAUGCUAUGCAAUUGAAUCAUGUUGCAAUCCUUUCCUGUACUUCUGAUUAUUUAUAUGAUAUGACAAAGCUUUGUGUUAGUGUUCAGAUUGUUAUAAACUUUAGAGGUACCGCAAAGCUUAUUCAGCGGGAGUGGGAAAAUAUUCACAAAAAUGAGAUAAUUUAUUUGAUCCUUUUUACUGGAAACACAAAAAGCGUUCUACCCACAAUUGUUUCCGAUAUUGCAGAACCAACUGAUUCACGUAUUAUGAGAAUAACGGUAGGCUUAGAGAAUAAUGUGUUUGACGAAAACUUGGUCAAAAAGGCCCAAUUAGUUGUCAAGCCGAAUGCGAAAGUUUCCUCUGUCACUAAAAGGUAUCUUAAUCAGUUGAAACUGUCAAGAACAGUGGGAAAAAACUUAUGGGUAGACUUUCUUUUUGACGAAAAGUACCAUGCGGGCAGUGGUGGAGCGUUUAUCCUACCAAAUAACAUUCAAAUCGACGAAAUGUUAGUUCCAGGCUUGCAACAUCUUAAGAAAGUAAAAACAGAAAAGAAAAAUAAUAUCACUAAAAGUGAAAUGGAAAAGGAUUUAAUGAUUAAUUUUACUAGUCGUGAGAGUAAAAUUGACAUCACGUCGGAUUACAUAAAAUAUUUAGGUAAAGAAAUUGACGGGGGAUCAAUUUCUUUGAACUCGAAGCAGAGCGAUGCAUUUAUAAAGGCUAUGUCUCCAGGAUGUACAUGUAUAAACGGACGAGUGAAUACAGGGAAGACAGAACUUGCUAAGCAUCUUCUUAAAAUUUAUUCAUCAGAGUUUGAUGAGCGGACUAUCGUCGUUGUGGCUUCAGAAAACUUAGAAAAUUAUUUGAUGCAACGAUUAAAUCUUGAUGUGCUUGUUAGUAACUUGAAAGGAAAGGAUAAUAGCAAAGCCAUAUAUCAAUCUCUUCUAAAAAAAGCUUCGAAUGUUGCGAAAGAGUUAGGUGUUACAGAUGAGAAUUGUGAAGAUAUUUCUUCCUGCCUUAAACUGUAUUACAAUUACAUUAUGCCAAUUUGGAAAAACUUUGAAAGAGAGUUAAAUGCGUCAACCAUAAGCAAGGAUAAUAUAUUUGAUCAUUUUCCAUUCAUUGGUAAUGAUGAAAAUCUUAAGAAUUGCUCUCUGGAAGAAAUGAGGCUUAAAGCUGUCAAUGCAUUUAACAGGCAAUUGAAUAUCUUCAGGGCCUUAAGGUCAUUGAAGUUUGUAGAGUGCUUGCAUGAUGAUAAUAAUUUGUUCAAGUUCAAUCUCACAGCGGCAUCAAAGAUUAUAAUUGCAACAACUACAGAUUUAAGGGUGAAUGACUAUGACUUGGGUGAAUUCGAUAAUCUUAUUGUCAUGAAUGCAGAAUGCGUAUCGUUAGAUGAUCUCCUUUUAAUACCAUUAAAAAACAUACCGAAGAGAAUUGUUAUCACGGGAAAUUUAUUUUGGAGUAAUACAAAUUCCUUUUUAUACCAAAUUGGAAACACCGUGAGAAACAUAAUGUUGACAGAACAGUACUGUGAUGAAAAGAAAAUUGCAAUGACAGAUAGCCCCUUAGUUUUAUCGACUAAUUCACCGAGGGGAUUUAGCCACAAUUUACAAUUCAUCGAUAUCAAAGAUGGAAGGGAGGAAGUUCACUCCGGACAAUGUGCCAAUAGCAAAGAGGCUGAAUUUGUUGCCCUGACCUUUAUUUACAUGAGACGAAUGGGUUUCAAUGCAGAGCAAAUUUAUUUGCUAACCACUUCCGAGCUUCAAAAAGUUUUAAUACAGGAAAUGAUUCGGAAUUUUUACCAGGAAAAUACAGCCAUUCUGAAUGAUGACGUUAUUAAUAUUUUUACGGUUGAUGAAAUGAAAUCAAGCAAAUGUGACUACUUAUUAGUGUCUUUGGUUGACACAGAAAAGCACGAUUCAAACUCACGAAACACAUCGUUACUUAUGUGUAACCUACUAAAUUGUGGAGCAAAAGGCAUUUAUAUUUUUGGUAAUAAGAAGACUGCAUCGGACAUGAUUUUGAAUUUGAUUCCUAUUAAAAUAGAUGCACUUGAGUUAGAACAGGGGGAAAAGACAAGGAAAAUUAGUGCGGGAUCGGAAUUGCAAAGCAUAAUUAAAAGUAUGUCCAGUUGA